UCUAUGGUUUUUUAUUCGGGUUAUUCUUGCCAUAGAGAACUCUAUGGUUCCGGGGCGAGCUGGGAGGCCUGAAUUUGAAGCCCGGCGGGAAGCUGGUGGUGACAUCUGUCACUAGGCCGGGAUUCUCCCGAGUAGGAGGGCUCCGGGACUAUGCUUUGCCCUGAACAGCGGACAAGGGUUUAUAAUGAAUCUUCCGCGCCGGAGUGGGAAACGGCGGCGUUCAGCAUCGGACUCAGACCCGUCCCCGGGAAGCGGCGGUGCCAGCGGCGUCAGCGCCCAGCUCCCCAUCGGGCCAGUGCUGAGCCCCCCUCCGGGCCUAGGACGCAGCCUGAAGGCCGCAGGAGUAUGCCAGCAACCAGUUCCCGAUGACCAAGCAGACAAGCUGUUAUUGGCAAACUGGGGACUUCCUAAAGCAGUUCUACAGAAAUAUCACAGUUUUGGUGUAAAACAGAUGUUUGAAUGGCAGGCAGAAUGCCUUUUGCUUGGACAAGUCUUAGAAGGAAAGAAUUUAGUUUAUUCAGCUCCUACAAGUGCUGGGAAGACCCUUGUUGCAGAAUUACUUAUUUUGAAGUGUGUUUUGGAAAUGAGGAAGAAAGCUUUGUUUAUUCUUCCCUUUGUUUCUGUGGCUAAAGAGAAGAAAUAUUACCUCCAGAGUCUGUUUCAGGAAGUAGGGAUAAAAGUGGAUGGUUAUAUGGGCAGUGCCUCUCCAACAGGGCAUUUCUCUUCCUUGGAUAUUGCUGUCUGCACAAUUGAGAGAGCCAAUGGUCUGAUCAAUCGCCUCAUAGAGGAAAAUAAGAUGGAUCUGUUGGGAAUCGUGGUUGUGGAUGAGCUGCACAUGCUGGGAGACUCUCACCGAGGGUAUCUGCUGGAACUUUUGCUCACUAAGAUUUGUUUUCUCACUCAGAAAUCAGCAUCUUGCCAGGCAGAUUUAGCCAGUUCCCUGUCUAAUGCUGUACAGGUUGUUGGCAUGAGCGCCACUCUCCCUAAUUUGGAGCUUAUAGCUUCCUGGUUGAAUGCUGAACUCUACCAUACUGACUUUCGUCCUGUACCACUUUUGGAGUCAGUAAAAAUUGGAAAUUCCAUUUAUGACUCUUCAAUGAAGCUUAUAAGGGAAUUUCAACCCAUGUUACAAGUGAAGGGAGAUGAUGAUAAUGUUGUUAGUUUAUGCUAUGAGACUAUUCGUGAUAACCAUUCAGUAUUACUUUUUUGCCCAUCAAAAAAAUGGUGUGAGAAGCUGGCAGAUACCAUUGCUCGAGAGUUUUAUAAUCUACACCAUCAAGCCAAGGUGACAGGAUUGGCAAAACCAUCUGAAUUUACACCACCGAUUCUGGAAGAAAAGAGCCUCUUGGAAGUAAUAGAUCAAUUGAAACGUUCACCUUCGGGUCUGGAUUCUGUGUUACAAAAAACUGUGCCAUGGGGAGUAGCAUUUCAUCAUGCAGGUCUUACUUUUGAGGAACGGGAUAUCAUUGAAGGAGCCUUCCGUCAAGGUCUCAUUCGAGUUCUGGCAGCAACUUCUACUCUUUCUUCUGGGGUGAAUUUACCUGCACGUCGUGUGAUUAUUCGGACUCCUAUUUUCAGUGGUCACCCUCUUGACAUUCUUACUUACAAACAGAUGGUUGGUCGUGCUGGCCGGAAAGGAGUAGACACAAUGGGUGAGAGUAUCUUAAUUUGUAAGAACUCUGAGAAAUCAAAAGGUGUAGCUCUACUUCAGGGAUCCUUGAAACCUGUUCGCAGCUGUCUGCAAAGACAAGAUGGAGAAGAAGUAACUGCCAGUAUGAUUCGAGCUAUUCUGGAGAUAAUAGUCAGUGGAGUGGCAAGUACAUCAGAAGAUAUGCAGCUUUAUGCUUCUUGCACAUUUUUGGCUGCAAGUGUGAAAGAAAGGAAGCAGGGUAUUCAGAAAAAUCAAGAUUCUGUUCAACUUGGAAUGAUUGAAUCCUGUGUGAUGUGGCUGCUGGAAAAUGAAUUUAUCCAGAUUAUAGAACCCAGUGAUGGGACAGAAGGAAAUGUGUAUCAUCCAACGCAUCUUGGUACAGCUACCCUUUUUUCUUCACUUUCUCCAACUGAUACCUUAGAUAUUUUUGCUGAUCUUCAAAGAGCGAUGAAGGGCUUUGUUUUAGAGAAUGAUCUUCAUAUUGUCUAUCUGGUUACACCUGUGUUUGAAGAUUGGACAACUAUUGAUUGGUAUCGAUUUUUUUGUUUAUGGGAGAAGUUGCCAACUUCUAUGAAAAGGGUGGCAGAGCUGGUGGGAAUCGAAGAAGGGUUCUUGGCUCACUGUGUGAAAGGAAAAGUAGUAGCCAGAACUGAGAGACAACACCGACAAAUGGCUAUCCACAAAAGGUUUUUCACCAGUCUUGUGCUAUUAGAUUUAAUCAGUGAAAUUCCCUUAAAGAAAAUUAUUCAGAAAUAUGGAUGCAAUCGUGGACAGGUCCAGUCUUUGCAGCAGUCAGCUGCUAUUUAUGCAGGGAUGAUUACAGUGUUUUCCAACCGUCUGGGCUGGCACAACAUGGAGCUGUUACUUUCCCAGUUUCAGAAGCGUCUUACCUUUGGCAUCCAGAGGGAGCUGUGUGACUUGGUUCGGGUGUCCUUACUUAAUGCACAGCGAGCCAGGUUCCUCUAUGCUUCUGGCUUCCUUACUGUGGCAGAUCUUGCUAGAGCAAAUGUUGCUGAAGUAGAGAUGAUUCUUCAAAAAGCUGUGCCUUUCAAAAGUGCCCGAAAAGCAGUGGAUGAGGAAGAGGGAGCAGCAGAAGAACGCCGGAAAAUGCGGACAGUUUGGGUGUCUGGCAGCAAAGGUUUAACUACAAGGGAGGCUGCAAUCUUGAUAGUGGAUGAAGCCAAAGUGAUUCUGCAGCAAGACUUAGUUGAAAUGGGGGUGCAGUGGGAUCCUGAUUCCAUGUUAAGCACUAGUACACAUUCACUGACCAGGAGUGAGUCAGAAGAAAAGGAACACACACCUGUACUUCAGAGUACAGAUUGUCACAAACGAUUAACACCAAAGAACAAACGUAAUACAAGAUUUAGUGACACUUGCAUUAAUAAUUCACCAGAUGCAGUGGAAGAUUUAGAUAAAAACAGAGAAUAUACAAGUUCCUUUCAUUGUAAGCUCCAUAAUAGUAAUUGGGAACAUAAGAGAGAUUCCAUUUCCAGAGGAAGAAAACGGGCUUCCUUCAGCAUAAAAAAGAAGCCCAGAAUCUUUCUGAAUGAGGAAAAAAUAAGCACUAGGAAAAUUGUUCCGAUGUCAUUGGAGGAAACAAAAAAAUCAGCUUUGAAUUUCAGUUCAGACCAGAUGAGCAUAAGUUUUCCAUCUUGGAAACAUAGAAAACACCGAAAACAAUCCCAGGACAGUAGUCCUGUGAAAGACACUGGGGUGAAAAGCUCUAUGUGUAGUCCUCCUCUUUAUGAAAACUCAUUUAUUAUCUUUGCUGAGAAGAAUGUGGAAUUUAGAAGUCCAGAGCCAUUUGUCAAAAAUUUAUCUUGUGCUGAGGGAAAAAGCAACAAAACAUCAUUCCUAUUACAAACAGAGAGACGAUGUUUAAGGAAUAGAACAAUAAUUAAUGAUGCUCAUGUGGAACAUUUUUCCACAGGAUCCCCAAAAGAAAAUGUAAUUUGUCAAGCCACUAAUAUGCUUAGUAAAAAUGGAAGUGGAUUAGCUGUCACUGAGACAGAAAAAAUAAAUGAUGUGCCAACACAAAAUGAUUCAAAAAACCAGAAUCUUUCUGGGCAACACCAUGAUACUCAUCCAGUGAACCAGUGGCUGGAAAAACAAUGUGAUAAACAGGCAGACACUCACAGCACACAGAAAAAAAUAAUAGUGAGAGAAAUGUCUCAUGAGGCAGUCAGUAGCUGUAUGGGUAAAGAUACAAAUGUUACUACUAUCAGCUGUGAAGGUGUAAAGUUUAAUAGUGAAGUAAGUAAAUCCAGUCAUCAAGCAUUAGGAACUAAUAUAAGAACUGAGGUGCCUAGUGGAAUACUUCAGUCAGAGGGAAUAUUUGGUAAAUCAGGAGGCCAGCAUGAAAAUUUUCAAAAUUUUUCUAGAAUGCAAGAAAAAACAGCAACAAACAAAAAUGAAAAUAAUCAUGUUUCUGACUUAGGUUUAAAACUAUUUGAUUUUGAAGAUAGUUUAUACCUAGAUACUCAGUCAGAGAAAAUAAUUCAACAGAUGGCAACUGAAAACACCAAACAAGAAGCCAAGAAUGCCAGCCUGACAGCAGGGAGUAUGCAGAAGAGCUCCAACAAACAGAACCUACUGGGCUCUUCUCAGAAAGAGUUUUCUGUCAUUUCCAGUGAGCAGCAUCCUCCAGGAGUGACUUGUACAGUUACUGAGAAGCAAAGCCUCAAACAUGGGCUUGAUAUUCCAACUCUAGAAAGCCCAAUUUUUAAUUCUCUAAUACUGUUAGGGGAAAAUGGCCCUUGUUUUAAAGGGAAUGAAGUUUCUGUUACUGACUCCCAAUUAAAUAGUUUUCUUCAAGGUUAUCAAACACAAGAAACUGUGAAAUCAGUCCUACUGGUGCCUCCAAAGAAGACUCCCACUGAUAUGGAAGGAUAUUGUCUGUCAGGUCCUGAAACAAGUUUGAAUAUGAGUAACAGUUUAUUCUUCGACAGUUUCGGUGAAGACUUUCUGGUAAAAGAACAGCCACCUGAAGGGCAAGCCAAAAAACUUCUUCCUUCUGAAAUAACAUCAAACAAUGUCAGUGAUUCUCUGUGUCUACAGCAAGAGGACUCAACUGAGACAUCAAAUAUGCAUAAACAUCAAAAUAUUCAGCAGCAGUUCACUUGUUUCAAUAAUGAAUCUAUUAUGUUUUCAGAAAUGGAUUCUACUCAGAUGGUUGAAGCUAUGGAAAAUGUCAAUAUAGUUCCUGUCCAAGGGAAACAUAAUACUGAACUAUCUUUUACAGUACUAGAACUGAGUGAUUCACUGAUUGAAGAUGAUGGUCACCCCCAUGGAGAAGUAAUUGGUGGAGAUCAAGAUAAAAUGGCUCAAAAGUCCAAGUCAACUGAGACAAGGCAAAAUAAUUCAUUCAUAUGGUCAGGGGCAUCCUUUGAUUUAAGUCCAGGAUUGCAACAGAUUUUAGAUAAAGCAUCUAGUCCUUUAGAAAAUGAAAAACCAAAAUUAAUGACUAUAAACUUAGCUAGUUUGAAAGGAAAAAGUAUUGAGUUAAAUGAGAGACUGGAGAUGAUUUCAGAUUCAGAGACAUAUCAACUACAGGGUAUUUCAUUUUCUCCUAACAAUGAAGUAAAAAGCAAGAUGGAUGCACUAGAGAUCAAGGCCAUUCAUGGUGAAACCUCAGCUCUCUUGCCUUGUCAUGAAAGCUGUGUUGUUGAUGAUAAUGGUCUCAUUCCUCCUACACCCACACCAGCACCUGCUUCUAAGCUGGUAUUUCCAGAGAUUCUUGAAACUUCUGCAAAACCUUGGACAAUGAGCAGUGUCUUACAGCCUGGUGAAGGUUCAUGUAGCUCACCUUCAGAUAUUAAAACCCAUGGCUUAUGUCCAGAGAAUGGGAAUGGUUUCAAAGGUGAUAGUUCUAUCAGAGACCAGUUGUCACAGGAUGGCUUGCAGUUAACUCCACCCUCAUGCAGUUCAAAAAGUUUGUCUAUAAUUGAUGUAGCAAGUGACCAGACCCUCUUUCAAACAUUCAUUAAAGAGUGGCAGUGCAAAAAUCAGUUUUCCAUCUCACUGGCUUGUGAAAAGACAAGAAAUUUGACAUCUUCUAAAACUGUUACUAUUGGUGGAAGGUUUAAACAAGCUGGCUCACCUCAGGAAACUUCAGUUAGAGAUGAUACAUUUCCUGUUCAAGGCUCUGAUGACAUACUAGUGGUUGGACUGGCAGUGUGCUGGGGUGGAAGGGAUGCAUAUUAUAUUUCACUGCAGAAGGAGCAGCAGCAGUCUGAAAUUACUGCCAGUUUGGCCCCACCUUCUCUGGAUCCAGCCCUGACUGUGAGACAGAGGAUGUUGCACCUUCGAUCCUGCUUGCAAAAGGAAUCUGAUAAGGACCGAACUAUUAUCAUCUAUGAUUUCAUCCGGAGCUAUAAAAUUCUUCUUCAGUCUUGUGGCAUCUCCCUGGAGCAACGUUAUGAAGACCCUAAGGUGGCAUGCUGGUUAUUAGAUCCAGAUUCCAUGGAGCCAACCCUUCACAGUAUGGUUACUAGUUAUCUUCCUCAUGAACUCCCACUCCUAGAAGGCAUGGAGACUGGCCAAGGAAUUCAAAGCCUGGGGCUGAAUGUGAGCACUGAGCAUUCUGGGCGGUACAGAGCAUCUGUAGAGUCCAUUCUCAUCUUUAGCUGUAUGAACCAACUCCACUCUUUGUUGCAGGAGGAAAACCUUCAAGAUAUUUUCUACAAAGUGGAAAUGCCUUCUCAGUACUGCUUAGCCUUGUUAGAAUUAAAUGGAAUUGGCUUUAGUACUGCAGAGUGUGAAAGCCAGAAACACAUCAUGCAAGCCAAGCUGGAUGCAAUUGAGACACAGGCCUAUCAACUAGCUGGCCACAGUUUUUCCUUCACCAGUGCAGAUGACAUUGCAGAGGUUCUGUUUUUGGAAUUGAAGUUGCCACCAGAUGGAGAGGUGAAAAUCCAAGGCAGCAAGAAAACCUUAGGUUCUACCAGAAGAGGGAACAACCAGAUACACAAGCAGAGGCUGGGGAGACGAUUCACCACUAGUAAGGAUGUUUUAAAUAAAUUAAAGGCACUUCAUCCUUUACCAGGCUUGAUACUGGAAUGGAGAAGAAUCACGAAUGCUAUUACCAAAGUGAUCUUUCCUCUGCAACGGGAAAAGCGUCUGCAUCCUUUUCUUAGAAUGGAAAGAAUCUAUCCUGUGUCACAGUCACAUACAGCUACAGGACGAAUAACCUUUACAGAACCAAAUAUCCAGAAUGUGCCAAGAGAUUUUGAAAUCAAAAUGCCAACCUUCAUAGAAGAGAGCCCCCCUUCCCAAGCCCUAGGCAGAGGCCUGCUUCCCAUGGGCAGAGGACAAAAUAAGAGGGGUUGUGUCCGGAACCCUGGGUGCCAGUCACAGAUGGAGAAAGCCUCAGACAAAGGGAUGCCAUUUUCAGUGAGCAUGCGACAUGCUUUUGUACCUUUUUCAGGUGGUUUGAUAUUGGCUGCUGACUACUCUCAGCUUGAACUGAGGAUCUUGGCUCAUUUAUCUCAUGACUGUCAUCUCAUUCAAGUAUUAAACACUGGCGCUGAUGUUUUCAAGAGUAUUGCAGCAGAAUGGAAGAUGGUGGAGCCAGAGUCUGUUGGAAAUGAUCUGAGGCAGCAAGCAAAGCAGAUUUGCUAUGGAAUCAUUUAUGGAAUGGGAGCUAAAUCUUUAGGAGAACAAAUGGGCAUUAACGAAAAUGAUGCUGCUUGCUACAUUGACUCCUUCAAGUCCAAAUAUACAGGGCUUAAUCGUUUCCUGAGAGAGACAGUAAAGAAUUGUGAAAGAGAUGGGUUUGUUCAGACCAUUUUGGGAAGGCGUAGAUAUCUACCAGGAAUCAAAGACAACAACUUUUAUCGUAAAGCUCAUGCUGAGCGUCAGGCCAUCAACACAACAGUCCAAGGAUCUGCUGCUGAUAUAGUCAAAAUAGCCACAGUUAACAUUCAGAAGCAAUUGGAGAACUGCUGUUUGGCCUUCAAAUCCCACAGUCAUCGUGAGAGGAUGCUCCAAAGUGACAGAAUAGGAUUAUUACCUAAGAGAAAACUGCAAGGAAUGUUCUGCCCAGUCAGAGGAGGCUUCUUCAUCCUUCAACUCCACGAUGAACUUUUAUAUGAAGUAGCAGAAGAGGAUAUUGUUCAGGUAGCUCAGAUUGUCAAGAAUGAAAUGGAAAGUGCCAUAAAACUUUCUGUGAAGCUCAAAGUGAAAGUGAAAGUAGGUGCCAGCUGGGGAGACCUGAAGGACUUUGAUGUAUAAUUGUGCAGCUGACAGGUCUCCUGGGAAGAAGCCUGGUGCAGAUGGUCAGCAGGAAGAAGAGAGAGACUGCCCUUUCACCUGCUCAUGAAGACGAACUCUUUUAAGUCCUGAUGAAUGCAGGACAGAAAUCUAUAGUGAGAGUUUCAAAGUGCCUUUCAGGAUUUGUUCCUUGCAAUGUCCAAAAAGAUUUUGGAGGAAGAGGUGCAAGUGAAGUACCAAAUUUAAUGCUUAUAUUCACUCUCAAAGAGUACCUGUGAAUUUGUAUCCACAAAUGUUAUAAUUUAUUGUGUCUUUAAAUAGGUGCAGAACAUAUGCUUACAAUAUGCAGUUAGCACUUCAGGUCCUUAUCUGUCUGGGUUGAACAUGAAGAAAAUAGAGCUGCCACCACAGGGGCAUUCCCAGUCUUGUCCAGGAUUCAGGCACUCACAGUAGAGACCCAACAGAGCCACAGGCUGAGAAGGAUUUGGUUUCACAUAUACCACAAGGGUUAGGGGUGGUUUGUGAUCUUUUUCCUUCAAUAUUAAGACUUUUGAGAUAACAUUUGCUACCGUAAGGCAGUAUGACAUAAUCUGGAUGGAUUUCCAUGAAAUCUUUCUUACUCCCUUUUCUUCCCCAGUUCUCACAAUGGAAAUAUUUGGAAUAUUUAUGUAUUAAAUGUGAGCUAGACCUCUUGUGGAGGUGUCCUGUUUUAUAAGAUCAGAUAUUUAUUGCAGAUGAACAUGAUGCUGCAGCCCCUCAGUGCCUUUGUCUGUGCUUGUGACUGAGAGUAAUACCCAUGCUAAAAAGAUUGAACUUUGUAACUCCAGUCAGAGGUGUAGAACUGACCUUUCUACUGUUGAAAUAAAAUGAAUUCAUGAGAAACUUAUAUCAGUGAUUCAGUUUGUUAAAGAUGUGUAUUUAGUA